UGAGUAAAAGACGUACCAAUGAAACAAAAUUGGGUACGAAGGACCUACCAUUCUUGCCAGAUCGACUCGCGAUUUACUAGUUGACGGAGUCUCUACGCAACAUAGGCCUAGCGUGUAAAUAUCCGUUCCGCUUCACUCAUUCUCGCAGAGAGAAAGUUCCACUGAUGGCAGUGGCGGUUGUGUCAGGAGAAGGUGCUAAUUAAUCGGAGUGAUCGCGAGUCUAAUUAUGGCUGUGGAUCGUCAAUUAAUUAUCUUCUCUUGUCUCCUGGUGCUAGUUUUUCCCGCCGAAUGUCUGAGGAUAGAAGGGACUUUAUCAUCCACAGAGAAUUGGGAGUUUCUAGCGAGAUUCUGUUUCCUGUCAAACAAAGGGUCCAUGAGAUUUGAAUUUGAAUAUCCAGUGGAGUAUAAGACACAGGAUGUUUUGUUGUACUUUGAUGAAGCGAGUCAAUGGGAUUCUGUGUACAAACAACCCCUGUCAUGUGCCCAGAAGGUUGCAGUUCUGAAUCCAGCCAAUAACCAAAUUAUUUCCCUGUCAACUCUUUACACAUGGUCAGGGUGCAAAGAGGUCACAGAAAAUGGGGUCACCAAGGUCAAAUGCGUUGGAGGUCGUACUUUCCGGUCGUCAAGGGAGCGGUGGUGGUUCAUUGCCAUUAGUCGUUGUGAUACUGGAACCACUGGAACAGUUGGCCUUAACCUCAAAUACAGCCUUCAUAUGACUAAUGCCAAAGAUGAUGACAUAUUGAGACAUGAGUUUUCAGCGGAUGAGUUUUAUAUCCUGCCAAUCGAUAUAUCUUUCACCAUUAUGUAUAUCCUGGUCCUAGGCGUUUCCGUUUUGUUUGCAUAUUUACUGAGACAGAGACAGCUCUUCCACACGACCUACAAGAUGUACAUGGUGUCUAUAGGACUGUGGACAUUUAGCCUUCUUCUAUACAGUAUAGCUUACGGAAAGUACGCCAACACAGGCUACAAAGAACAUGGCACGGAAUAUGCAGCUCGUGCUUUUGGAACCCUGAGUUAUCUGACCUUUAUUCUGAUGUUAAUUCUGAUGGCUAAAGGUUACACCAUCACCAGGGGGAAGCUGACAUCAGCCAGUACAAUCAAGAUCUCUGUCUUCUUCACUCUCUACUUUGUCACCUUUGCUGUGCUGUUCAUCUAUGAGUCACUGGUGUUUGACCCCGGUGAGGUACUGUACCUGUACGAGAGCCCCCCGGGGUAUGGACUGAUCACCAUGCGUCUCCUAGGAUGGGCCUGGUUCUGUUACUCUGUGUUUUUCACCCUCAAACAUUACAAGUCAAAAUCCAUGUUCUAUUACCCAUUCUUCAUCUUCUACACCGUAUGGUUUUGGUCAGGUCCCAUAGUCACUAUCAUAGCUAUGACAAUAAUGGAUCUCUGGGUCAGAGAAAAGACAGUGGUAGGGGUAGAAAAUCUUGUCGCUUUUUGUGGACAUAUAUUCUUUUUGAUAUUGACGAGGCCUCAAGCAGCCAAUAAGAACUUCCCUUACCAUGUCCGGACCUCUCAGAUUGGGUCACUUAUGGGGACAGGAGACAGUGAGCUGGACAGCUUUAGUUCACACCCCUAUGCUGAGGAUUCAUUGAGCAGAAGGGAUUCCACCUACUCCAAAGGUCCAGACUUUUCCGGUCUGUUUAUCACGUCCAACUCCCGCAGUACCGACAAACUUGUACCCAAUGACAGCUUCAACGAGUUCCCGGAUUCUGCCAUAAGGGUAGAAACGACAGCCCCGCCUCCAUCUUACUCCAGUGUAACGAGUCCUAGACGACAGAGUGAUAUGGGCCCUCUACGACAUUCCAAUUCAAGAGCAGCCCUGCCCCCUAUAAGACGAAAUACCAUGACCUCAACUUCUCUGGGGUCAGAGAAUUCAGAACCCUCCUCCCCCUCAGCUUAUCCUAAUCAUGCUUUGUUCUCCAUUGGAAGUUAGAAUAUGUCUCUCUGCUAAUAUAAAUGGGACUAUAGUGCUUUUAUCCAAAAAAGGAAAAUUACAGUGCUUUCAUAUACAUGUAGAUCUAGAAAUGUACAAGCAUAUUAGGUAUGAAAUGUGUACAAUGAUAAAGGUACAAGAAAUACGCUUUUUUGGAAUCAUAAUGUUAAUAAAAAGAAUUUGAGGAAUAGAUUUUCCGUCUUGGAGCAGUACCGGUAGUUAAUUUGAAUAAUUGAGUGAUGGAUUAAAGACAAAUAGAAUGGCUAUCAGAUUUGGAUGUGAAUUGAUUAUUAAACAGAAGCUGUGUACAUUUUGUGCAGCUCAUUACUCAAAAGUUGGAAAAUUAAACCAAACUAAACAUUGAAGAGACAUUGUUACAGCUGCAUCGCGGGAGUAUUAGUACUUUUCAUUGUAUGACAAAUAAGGCACUCUGCGAGCCCUAGAGUAUCAUAUGACAGUCUCUAUAUUUUUUCCAGAGAAGAAAAAUUCUCAAUUUGAUUGAUAUUUUGGUCCUGUAUCUGGUAAUUAUUGGAAUAUUUCUUUGUUAACAUUAUGUCGGACACAUGCACUCCAAUUGGUAAAAUAUAGAAUAACAAUUUAUGUAGGCAUAUAUGCUGCUUUGCAUUAAGAGAGCUGGAUGGUCAUGGCUAUUUUUAGGCUUUAUUUACCUUCUUUAGACCAAGACCUCUGUAUAAAGAUAUAAGGAAAUGUUCAGAUUUAAAGCUAAAAAUAGCUAAUGGCCAAAAAUGUCCUAUUUAAUUAAAGGCAGAUCUGAUGAUUAACUUGUUGAUCACUCAUCCCCCUUAAGAAAGUGUAUAAGUAAUUUUUUAUGUAUAAUACAUUAAUUAGGCCUAAGGGUACAUAUGUGCGUAUUUGUAUACAUUUACAUGUAUGUUGGCUCUCCCUUGUUGAUUAUGAUUAUGAAUGAUUGUUACAGAGUUUUUUUCUUUUCUAAUUAUUUAAUGUUACAUAACAGGGUAAUAUGUACAACUAUGAUUUUUAUGGUAUUUGUUACAUUAAUGAAAAAAACUUAAUAUUUUUUAUAACAUUGUCACCUGGCAGAACUUAUAUGUUUGUAAAUUAUACCAGUACUUUUAAAUUUUUAUGUAGUCAGUUGUUUCAUGUACCAGAACAUGUAUGUAUUUUUUUUUUUUAUUUUACCUUUUUUGUUUUAUUUUCCUGGCAUUUUUUUCAAUUUUUAUUCGAUAUAUAUAUCAAACUUUUUUUUCUCUAAAACAAUAUUCCCUGAUAAGAUAUAUACUUAACCCAUUUACACAUUUCUACUGUGAUCUUUAAUUUCAUUUACGUUUACUUGUCUAUUUAUUUGAAUUAUUAUGACUUGAUUGUUGUCUUAUUUUAACAUACAUGCACUGUACUGGGUGGGCAUAAUUUACAUUUUUUGUGUUUUGAUUUAGACCCCCUCUGUGUCAGUCUGUGAUACAAAAUGGUUGCCAAAUGGAGACUAGACUUUGGUAUGCAUGAUGAAUUUCAAACGUGAUUGCUUUGCUUCCCAAUAAACUGUUUAUUUGUUGUUUA